UACAGAUUAUUUGUUAAAGAAAUGAAAAAAAUCCUUUACACCUUCAUACUUUUCAUUUGUGGUGUCACAUUAUUUCUAUGUUUAAUAUUUCACCAAUGGUUAUCAUAUUCUGUUGUGAAUAUCCCAAAGUCCCAACCUAAAAUCGAUUCGGAACUUGCAUUAUUUAUAACAAAUGAAUUAUCUCGACUUUUACGUCCAGACAUUCCAACAGUGGAAGAUGUCGGUGACACUGUAGUGAGAAAUUGGUUUAAACAUGAAAAUGAAUUUUGUCUAAAAGUUUUGAAUGGGACUCAUCAUUUGUUCAACAGUGAAGGCUGUCGAAAUAGUUGUUUAAUUUUAAACCAACCAUUUAAUCGACGUAGCGUCAUUAUUAUACCAUAUCGAAAUCGUGCAGAACAUUUGAUGAAGUUAAUUCCACGUCUGGUUGAACUACUGACUAAACAGAAUUUAUGUUAUCUACUAAUUGUUUCUGAACAGAUUGAUCAGCAGCCAUUUAAUAAGGGAAUAGUCAUGAAUACUGCUUUUGUGGAAGCAUUGAAUUGGUUGCCAUUUCAUUGUGCAAUAUUUCACGAUGUCGAUCUGUUACCAAUGAACAAUGAAGUAGAUUAUACAUGUUCAAUCUAUCCCAAACAUAUAAGUAUUAGUGUGGAUAAAUUUCAAAACAGGCUUCCUUACAUUGAACUAAUAGGUGGAGUGUUAUCGAUUCCGCUUAAAGCUUUUCUUCAUGUCAAUGGAUAUUCCAAUUUAUUUUGGGGCUGGGGUGCAGAAGAUGAUGAUAUGUAUGAAAGGCUUACGAUAAACGAAAUUCCUGUCAUUCGUCCUGAUCCAAAUAUAGCACAAUUCACAAUGCUCAAACAUAAACCAAGUCUUGCAUUCCAUUCAGACUUAAGAAAUCAAAUAUUAUCUUUCACAAAAGUAAGAUAUCGUCUCGACGGAAUCAAUAGUUUGAAUUAUACACUUGUUGAAUCAAAAAUCAAAUCGUAUAGUCAAUUUCACAGCUUAUUCAUUAACAAUGAAGCAGCUACAACGCAACUUUCACAUGAAAUCAACACUUUCCGAUCAAUUUUCAAAUUGAAUAGUCCAAUUUUACAUUUAAAAAUUGACGUCGGUAAGCCCACAGUUGAGUUCAUUCCAGGAAAAAAUCGUAAAUGAGAAGAAGCAAAUCACGUUUAAAGAAAAAUUUUUUUUGCAACUUGGAUCUCCAUUAAAUCAAAAACACUAUUAGUCAACAGGGUAAUUAAGAGCAAAUAUUGAAUGAUUGUAACGCCAUUGACAAACUGAAAACGAUAGAUGAAGACUGUACGAGCCAUACAACUAGUCAUUUUUAUACCAUUCAUGAAUACGUCGUCAAUCAAAAAGACAGAAAUGAGAUGAUAACAUUACAAGACAUCUGUCGAAGGCCAGUCACAGUUGGAUUGAUUUGACUGUAUGGUGAAGAGUCAGUCAGAAAGAUUAUAAACAGUCUAAUCUAAUCGACAUUGGCGAGACAUUAAUCUUCAGAAUGAAUAAUCAUGACACCACCUAAGACGUCGAUGCUGAAAAUGACUAAUCAUAUGAAACGAAUCAUGCAUAAUUCAACUAAAAGAUUCCCUGAACGAAUUUCUAAAGAAACAGAUUCCUUUCUGAUGGUGUUCUCUUUCCUGAACAAAUAUCCAUACAUUAAAAUUAGAAAGAAAAAUUACAUGAUAUUCAGUGUAAUCAGACAUGUGUAUUUAUUGUACGCAUUUAUGUUAGAUACUUUUCCUUUUUGUCUCCACAUUUUAUCUGUUACGUAAUGAACAUUAAAAUCAAAGUAUUCUUCACUUAAUAAAUUGUGAAGUCCUA